CGCGGGAACUGGCCCCCUCGUCUCUCAGCGCCAACGGCCCUCUCCCUGAUGCCGCGCACUGCUCGCCCUCCGUCUCUCAGAGCCGACAGCCCGCUGCCAUCGCCGCCCGCUGCUGGAGCCUUCGCUGCCCGCUGCUGGAGCCUUCGCCGCCACCGCUGGAGCCUUCGCCGCACGUCGAGGAGAAGAGCCAUCGCGAGCGACCUUACUGGCUUAUGAGGCCCAACACGAGCCAAAUGCAAAUCUUCGCCUGAAGGGAGCAUCGAUGGGGCCAUGGUUUGGCUUCUCCCAAGGCCUCUUCCGCAUGGAGAGAAUGGCCAGACAGGACGGGAUGCGAUGUGGCGGCCACUUGGGAGACAGCUGCUGACGAUGGACCUGAAGAGAUGGAUGAUAUCUGCAUAUGGGGUAUUACACUUAUCAUUUUGGGAACCAGCUUUUUCUCAUGUUGCCCUUACACUAUGGUUAAGUUCCAACUGGAUGCCGCCAUCAGAAAGCCUGCUGCUGUCAUGGAUCCAGAAAGACAGGAAUGAAGUCAUCACUGGUGUGGAGCUAUAUGUGGAUUGUCCACCUGCAGAACAGUUGGAGUGUUGGCAUGACAGGGGGACCCAUGCUGCAUCAUACCUGGCCGUGAUCAGAGGGCUUGAUCAGAGAAAAUCCUUGAGCAUUGAAGACCCUCAUGUACCCAGCGAUAUCUGCCUGGAUGGCACUGGAAAGAGAGGAAAAGAGUAUGAGAGACAAGAGCUGGACAAUGGUGUUCAUAGUGGAAGGGGACAUGAACUCCCGGUGCACACAAAGAUUUCCAAGGGAGGCCUCCUGGCGGAGGAGGCGGAAGCUACGAAUUACGGAGGUGCACAACAGGUCUCACAUAAAGAUCCAUUGGCAGUCUGUGAGGGCUCCUGUAUGUCAACAGGCCAUGGCUGGAUCAAAUUUGAUCCGGAAAGCUCUUGGAAUGGCCAGAGUUACAGGCCAAACAACAGGAGAGGAAUUGGCAGAGCGGGGAUAGGAGUGGACACUUCUUUGGAUGCGUACACAUCUUCUUCAGGAAGCAGCAAGUCGAAGGGGGAUGGAAUGAGAUUAUGUGAAGAGAGCAUGAGAUUGUGUGAAGAGAGCAAGCAAAAGCUCGACUCUCUUGCAUGUAUUGGAGGCUCCCUUGGGAGGGAGGACAUUGACAUCACAUUACCAAAGGAUUGUGAAAGGAAUGGUCCCUAUGAAGAGAGGGGAGGGAGGAAUAACUACAGUGCGACUCGCAUUGGGGUGAAUGCCAAAGAUGUGGCUCUGCAAAUUGCCAGGCUUUGGGAUCAAAGAACGAGUACAAAGAGGGAGCAUGCACUGUGCGGCACUGAAACUUUAGGGGAGGGAUUGAGAUUGAGUAGUCUCCUUGACCGUCACAGGAAUUGGGGGAAAGAAGUGGGGGACAGAGGAGGUGGAGGAAAACAUGAUGAUCAUGGAAGAUGCACAAACUGGAAUGGAAAUGGGAAAAAUGACCAAAAUUGGCGUCGCCGUACCACCGGUGGCAGUGAGAUGGAGAUGAUGUUGGGCUCGAAUGGCAGUGGCGGUGAAGGGAUCCAGGUAAUCUCAAGAGCAAAGAUAUGUAGAGGGAGUCUUUCAGAAGAUGACAACUCUCAUGCAAUGGUUCGGAAUGGUGGAAGCUUAGGCUUUUCUUCUGGAAACAUUGGCCUUGGGUAUGCUCAUGAGCUGGAAGUUGGCAAUAGGAGGAGGGAAGCGCAUGAAGGAGAUGUAGAAGGUGGUCGGCCUUCCACAAUGGAUUGGAGGAGUUACAAACCAUCAUUUGCUGUCAAGAGGAGAUCAAAAGAAAGUGAGCAGAAUUGCCAUGUGGAUGGACGCACUUCCAGAAGUAGUAGUCCAGAUGAUGCUCUCAAGAGAAAUGCAGAGAGAAGGCAGCACUUGCAAGAUAGAGCUCAACUUCAAACCAUGUUAGCAGAAGAAGUGGAAAGAAGGAUGAGGGAGGAGGAGGCAGCAGAAAUGAAACGUAGACAGGUGGUGGAACUUGAGCAGAAUAAUGAAAGGCUGCUGAAACAGCUGAAGGAGAGGGAGCAAAUGAUUGUGGACGAGAGGAGGAGAGUAAAGUCUAGAGAAGAGCUGCUCCAGAAAGAUGAAGAGGAAAAGGCAAGGCUUGAAAGAGAAAUUCAAGCCCUGCAGACAAAGGAGGGAGAUCGGCAUUCUGAGUUGGAACAAGACARGGAGAGCAGRAUGGUUAUGGUUCUUGAGAAGGAGAAAGCAAGGUUAGAAGAGGAACUUGCUUCAGAAAGGCAGAGAAGAGAGCAAAGGGAGGAAGAGGUGAAGGAAGAAAUGGAAAAGAAAAUGGCCGUGCUACAGACACUGGUAAASAAACUGCAAGAAGAGAAGAGCACUUUAGUGGAGGGCCUGGCAACGGAAAUGGAGAGCAAGGCUCAUGAAAUUGCCGYAGCGAAGGACAUGAUUGAAACAAUGAGGAAAGAAUGGGACGAGAGGGUGGAGAGAGAAGCACAGAAGGUGCGGAGGGAGGCUGAAGAAGAGGCAGAGAAGAGAGAGCAGGAACUUACUGUGGCACAGGAAGCUGCGGAGAUGGAGGUCGCCCAGGUGAAACAGCAGGCARCUAGGAUAGAAGAUGGAAGGAGGCGGCUGUAUGGCAAGCUAGAUGACAYGAGAAGCUCUAAAUUUGAUGGAAGGGAGAGGAUUCAAGAAGAAGAGGAACUGGCAGCAGUAAGGAACGAGGGAAAUGAUAGGGAAAAGGUUGUCCCGGAUCCACAGGUUAUGUCCGGUCUGAUUGGGAAGGGAGAGGAGGGUCCAGAAAGUCGCCAACAUCAGGCAGGAGAGAAACAGGAAGCUCAGCUAAAAGAAACUCUAGUGUCUGUGCAGUGCCUAUGUGAUGAACGAGGGGAGGUAAUCGACUCCAUGAAGAAGAAGAUGCAGCAAGAUAAAUUGCUGAUGGAGGCGAAGGAGAGGGAAAAUCGCAGGCUUAUGGCAUUGGUGGCCGGAUUUUCGGUUGGGAAGGAGAAGCUGAAAAAGGAGCUUAGCAGAGCAAGACAAGAAGGUGAAAAGUUGAAUGAUGAGAUGAAGAACAAGGAAAAAGAGGUAGAGCAACUGAAAAACGAGGUUAAAGAUCUUGAGAAGAAGUUGUUGGAGGGAGAAAGAGAGAGGCAGGAGUUAUGGACGUCGAUCUCUGGCGAGCAGUCAUGGGAUAGGGAGAUAGACGCCAAGGAAAGGGAGGUAGAUGAGCUGAGAAGUGUGGUAAAGAAUCUAGAACAGCGGUUGCAGGAGGGCGAACGAGAGAGGCAGGAGCUGUGGGAGACCCUCUCUGGAGAGAAGUCCCUGGAAAGAGACAUAGCGGACGAGAAAAAAGAGGUAGAUGAGUUGAGAAAUGUAGGAAAGAGUCUGGAGCAGAGACUGUUGGCGGGUGAUCGAGAGAGGCAGAAACUUUGGGCAUCGCUUUCUGAGGAUCAACCAAGGGAAAGAGAGAGAGCAGACAAGGACGAUACUGAGGUAUUUAAACGGAGGACAUCUGUGCAGAGUCUUGAGGGGAGAAGAUCUCUAGACGGUGACCAAGACAGGCAACAAUUGUCAGGGAAGUCCAGAUCUGACGAAAAGAUUUACGGAAGAGAGAUUGAGGUCAAAGAAAAAGAGAUUCAAGAGCUCAGAAAUCUGGUGAAGACUUUUGAGCUGAGGCUGCAAGAAGUUGACAAAGAGAGACAGGAGUUACGGGCAUCAUUUUCUGCAGUGCAAUCACAGGAAAUGAAAGAGAUGGACGAUGCGAAGAGUGAUGUGGAGGAGGUCAUUGCAGCAAAUGAACAACUGCGUGCUGAGAUUGCUGCCAAGAAGGAAGAGCUGGCCAAAGCAGAGCAGAAAAUGAUGAAGGAAAGGACAGAAAGGGAGAGGGAGGUGAAAGAGUUGAGAGAAACAGAGUCACAACUGCGGGAAAGCUUGCAAGAGAUCUCCAGAAGAUUUGACGAGGCUAUCAGUGGUAGGAAGCAAGAGGAGGAGCUUGAGCAGCAAGGGGUUGGCUGGAACUCUGAGGUGGCAGAGAGAGAGAAGGAAGUUGAGGAGCUGAAGGGAAUUGUGAGGAAUCUGAGGGGAAGACUAGUAGAGUUGGAAGGGGAGGUUUCACGCGGUAAGAGCACCACCCCGUACACUAAAGAGCAAGAAGAGAAAGCCGCCGCCAUCCUGAGAGAGGAGGAGGAGAAGAUGGAGAAGAGGGAGUUUAUUGAGCAGGCGAAGAUGCUGGCCUUGAUGGAGGAGCAAAAGGCUAAGCAGAAGCAAAUGGAGGAGGAACUUCAAAAGUGGAAAAAGGAACAGGAGGAGAAAUUGGCGGCGAUAGAGUCAGGAACAGAAGAAGAAGAAGUAGAGAUACCACUGGAAAGGAGAGAAGAACAAAAGAGGGAGGGGAAUCCUGUCUUGGAGAAGCUAARGGAAGCUAACUUCAAGAUCAACGCAAAGAAGUGCGAGUGGGCCAAGACGCAAGUACUGUACUUGGGCCACGUUUUAGAUGGAGAUGGUAUAAAACCUGAGGACACUCUCCAAAUAGUCCUCCCAACAUCCCACUCUGAAAUAGUCUCGGUCAUGAUGUCACCGAUACCUCACCAUCGAUCUCUGUCCCAUAGUAACCGAGAAGAUAGAAGGUUAGGAGAAGAAGAAGAAGAAGAAGAAGAAGAAGAAGAAGAACUGAGAGGGGCAGAGGAGAAGGUGGAGAUGGAGAGGUGGGGUGGAGGAAGAUCCCCCAACCCGGAUCCAGUGCUCAGGCACCAACCUGCAGGUGCAAGGUGUCGCCUUGGAGCCGCUGAAGACUUGCCCUCGCUGCUGGAGCUAUGGCGCUCUCAUGAGGUACCAGACCGGGUGCACGGUGAGGUGCGGCGGGAUGUUGAUCACAAAGGAAGGGCCUGCAGGGUCGUCGCCGGCUGCAGAAAUUACCUUCCAUGGUCCAAAUCAUUUGGGGAGGAGUUUGCGAGAGACGUCCUGUUCAACUGCGAAUUCCUCAGCGAGGACCCAGACAAGGUCAUUCUCACGGAAAGGACAUGGGAGACGACGUCGGUUAGCUUGCUGUUGCAUGCGGACCUGAGCCUUUUGCUUGUUUGCUUGGGCUUUGAUCAGCAAGUCCUUGUACUUCCGAAUGGAAGUGGGAGAGCAAGCGAUGUCGUUGUCGGCGGCCCGGGGAAGAAGAAGAUCGGCGAAGAUACAUCCUUUCGUAUCGUGGUCGCUCACGAUGUCUUUCGGAACACCAUGGCUGCAAAUCCUGCCUGUGUGCAAGAGUCAUGCAAGCUCGGGCGCUGCAGCAUGAUACUUGCAAGGAAGAAAUCUGGCGUACUUGCUCCAACGGUCAACGAUCGCGAGAAUGCCAUCAUGACCAAGGCGAUUGCAGGGAAACGGGCCGGUAACAUCCAUAGCAAUGGAUAGGCACGAUUCUUGCGGAAUCGACAUUGGUUUGAGUUCGCCAUAAGGAAGCUGAUGCCGUCCUUUGUUGCGCUGGCAAACUGCAGAUGACUACACAUAUUUGUUGACGUCGUGAAGGACAUCUUCCCAGUAAAAAUGCUGACGAAGA